AUGUUUCAUCGCCUUCUACGCGGUCGUUUAACGUUCAAAGUGUACAUUCUCUUAGGUAUAAUUGCUAUUUUACUGUGCGGCUAUCUCAUCCCGCAAUAUAAAAUAUAUCCCAUAGCUCCAGUCACUUCUUCAAGUUUAGCUCAUUCUCAUUCAACACGGCAUUUAUCUAAAUUAGUCACUGUUGUGUUUCGACAAUUUGAAGACUUUGAAAAUGAUAUCGCAGAAAGUGUUCAGUCGUUUGUCUCUGCAUACCCGAACAUACCGGUCCUGGUGUUAUGUGAACGAAGGCAGUAUCCACCUUUUCAGUUUUCAGCUACAAACAUAACCUUACGAAAUGUUAGGCUUAUAUCGUUAGAGUUAAAACUAGACUCCGCGCCAAGCAGUCUGGAUCCGUUUUCAUAUGUUUCUACAGAAUAUGUAUUAUUCGUUCCUGACUCCACUCGUGUAUCUCGGCGUGUGUUUCAACAAAUGGCUGUGGCUGCAACAACAUUUACUUCUCAAGCAAUAGCUGUAGGAAUUGGUAAUGCUCGUAUAAUUUGUCAGCAACUAAAGUGGGCAUAUGCUAAUUGGACAUUGCAGUACAGUAAAGAUUCUUCUAAGAAAUUGUGUGAUGCUGUUCAGGGCCAACAUGCUUUAUUGAUCAAGACAUCAAUCUUGCAAACAUUACCGAAACCAUUUAUUUUUCCUUUCCCUGAAUCACUAUAUUUACAGACAGCAAUCAGAAAAAUUAAGGUACAAGUACUGGAUGGUAAAUUUAGUGCUGGCAGAAGUGUCUUAAAGACACCAGCAUCGAAGCAAAAGGCUUCUAAAAGGUUAAGGGAUUAUCGUGUAGAACUUUAUAAGGAGCUUGGGGUAAAAGCUGUUGUAAAGGAAGAUGGUAGAGUCCAGUGGUUUGGUUGUAAAAGAGAAACUCAGCGAUGUUUUCCGCCAGUUCAAAGAACCCCGUCAUAUGUUUUGGCUAAGCGUAAUACACCGCCAUGUUGCUUACGUAACAUACGGCGUACCACCGGGCACGUACUGCGAGCGUUGCUGCAGGCCGGGGCCAGGUGUUGGUUGGAAACUACAUCGUUGUUAGGGGCUGUUGUACACGGUGAUUUACUUCCUUGGGUCGAGUACGCAGAAAUUGGUAUCCACGCAGCAGACUUAUCCCGAGUGUCAUGGCUGCAGAGGGGUGGCCCAGAUAACGAUGGCUUUGUAUGGGAGAGAGCAACCAAAGGGCAUUACUACAGAGUAGCAUAUUCUGCCACAAAUAGGGUUUACGUCUUAAUUCUGCCAUUUACUCCAAAAAAUGGUACAAUGUGGCCUGCAGACUGGGUCCUGGCUCAUCAACGCGAGUUUCCUGAAAGACAUCUCCAUCCACUUGCUCAAAUUCAAUUCGUCGGCCGCCAAGCUCCGGCGCCGAACGAUGCACGCGCUUUCCUAGACAUCAAACUAGGACCAAAUGCUGUUGACAGAAGUGAUAAAAUAGGAUCGAAACUCAUUUACCCA